UCGUCCAAAAAAAAAGUAUCGCGCCAAAGUACCCUAAAAUUGGCGCCAAAACCCAAAAUCCUCAAAUCAAAUCCCCUUUAAAAUUUCCUGACCUACAAAUCUCGAAGUGAAAAUCGGAAGCAGAAAAGGAGAGAUAGAGAGCGAGCAUCGAGAGACCGGAACAACAUGUCCACCAUCUUCUAUGCCGUUCAGUGCUGCCAAUGCUCCACCAUGCAGGUGAAGCAGAGGAGUAAGAACAACAAGUGGACUUGUGUGGUCUGCAAUCAGAAGCAGUCUGCACGCAAGGUGUUCGCUGAAAGUCCCAUGGCCAGAGACCUCCGCCCCUUCGUCCAAUCCUCCAACAUGUCCCGCCAAUUCACCGACGAAAAACAACUCCACGAUCUUGCCCUUGUUUCUGAUGUUCAUGAGUGCAAUACCCAAAAGAGAAGACGAACUGAUUGGACCGAGUACCUGGAUGCUGAGGCCGAUCAGCGCACCGAGAUCAAGCAAGAAGAUGAUGAAAGUGGUGGUUUUGAGCCCCAAGUUGUAACUGAGUUGCCGCCGGAGUUAAUCAAGAAACCAAAGCUGAACAAAUACUAUGAUGCUUCUGGGUCUGCGGAUACAGAAAAUGGUGGUGUCUAUGAGCUUCAAAAUCGUAGACCAGUCAUCUCUAAGAGGGAUUCCAACAAACAUGUGCACUCCCCCGCAGAUGUGGAGAACUGGAGGUGCGAGUUGACAAUAAACAAGAACACUUCAAAUUGGAGCCAUCUCAUGAUGCAAGAUGACAAGGAAUCAAGAAAAUUGCAUGCGACAAAGGCUUCACUUACAGGUGCUUCAAAGUGGAAUGACUACGUAACCGAGGAUGAUAAUGAUGGCUUGAGAAUCAUCAACAGAAAAAGCCGUGAAGAGAAUACAGAGCAAUGGAGUAAUGAAACAAUAGCAAACUAUGAAUAUGAGACGGUAACAACUGAUGACAGGGUAGAAGAUGACAUCCAUCCUGAUUUCUUGCAAGGCUGAUCUGUUGUCUCCAUCCUUGGUACUUCUUAAACAAAGAUUAAUGGCUACUAGAAAAUUUUGUUCCUGUUACUAAUUUGUACUCUGCUUUUGCUCCAACCCAUCCAACGGAGGUAAUAUUAUCAAUGCAUUACUUAUAAUGAUGUUAGGUUAUUGGCAUGUAACUAAAGAUGAGAGGGUAUAUAUAUCCCGUCUUAUUUGGCCUCCCAGAGCAAGACCAACACGUGAUUGAUUAUUGGUCCAAGAUUGGUUAAGUCAAUGCUAUCGUUCAUAUGCAUGCAAGUGACAAAAACUGUGUGCUUCACAUCGAUCAUAAACUAUUGGCGUCGAGUUUCUUGCCCCAUAGCAUCAUAUGCCUCUGAAUCAUAUAGAAGACCCUUAUGUUUGAGCCAUCGCCCAUGUGAACCAAGUUGAAAGGCUCAUAACACUUCCAAUGUUAUUACUCGAUGCAGUAACAGUCUAGCAUUAUUAAGUUAAUGUGUCAUAGUAUAUUUUGUACAUUAUUAAUAUCAAUCAUAUGUAAUUCAAAUAUUCAAUCAA